GCCGGAGAGAGCGCGCCCGCCCGCCGCCUGCCCUGGCUCACCUGGCAAGUGCCCUCCGCCGUCACCAUGGCUCGCCGGUCUCAGAGCUCCUCGCAGGGUGACAACCCCCUGGAUCCAAACUACCUCCCGCCCCACUACAAGGAGUAUUACCGCCUGGCGCUGGACAUGCUGGCGGAGGAAGGGGAGGAGCGCUAUCGCCGCUUCCUGGACGAGGAGGGGGCCCCUGACUUCCUCUGCCCCUCGGAGGUGGAGCACAUCACCCAGCACCUGCAGAAGCCCCAGUAUGCCCACCAGGAAGGGGGGGGCAGCGGUGGCGGCGGCAGCACGGACUCCGGCCCCCACGAUGCGGACAUGGACGGCUCCUCCGGGACUUACUGGCCCAUGAACUCUGACCUCGCUGUUCCGGAACUGGACCUGGGCUGGCCAAUGGUCUUUGGGUUUCGGGGCACCGAGGUGACGACCCUGGUACAGCCCCCACCUCCCGACAACCCGAGCAUCAAAGAGGAGGCGCGCAGGAUGAUCCGCGCUGCACAGCAGGUGGUUGCUAUAGUGAUGGACACUUUCACUGAUGUGGACCUUCUGAGCGAGGUGCUGGACGCAGCCGCGCGCAGAGUUCCCGUCUACAUCCUGCUGGACGAGAUGAAUGCCCAGCUGUUCUUGGACAUGGCUGCCAAAUGCAGGGUCAACCUCAACUACGUGGAAUUCCUGCGGGUCCGGACGGUGUCUGGCCCCACCUACUACUGUCGCACAGGGAUGUCCUUCAAGGGCCACCUGAAGGAGAAGUUCCUGCUGGUGGAUUGCAUGGUGGUGCUGAGUGGCAGCUACAGCUUCAUGUGGUCGUUCGAGAAGAUUCAUCGGAGCAUCGCUCACAUCUUCCAGGGGGAGCUGGUGGCCAGUUUUGACGAGGAGUUCCGGAUCCUUUUUGCCCAGUCCGACCCGCUGGUGCCUCCGGCCAACGUCUUGGUGAAGGCAGAGCUUCCCACGGGGCCCUUCGGCCUGGGGCCCUAUGGCGGCAUGGCCCUCUUCCCAAAGAAGCCCCACCUGCUCUUCCCGCGGGAGGACAGCCUCUUCUCGCCCUUUGUGGACCGGGUGGACCCUGACCGAGGCUUCCUGUCGGCCUUCAGGAGGGAAGACAUGUUGCGUCACACCUUGGAAGGCUCCGCCAUGCGCAUGUACUCCAAGAAGGUGGAAAUGGAGAACUCCCAGGUGGAUCCGAUCCGGGGCUACCUCCGCUCCAAGCAGCUGGAGAUGGAUUCGUACAAACGGCACAGCUUCGCGGAAGGGACCUUUGAGAACUUUGCGUCCUCAAAGCAGUUUUCCAGGCAGAUGUUCAUGAACAAUUUGGACGACUUUAAAAUGCAGUCCAGCCAUUUCCAGAAGGACCAGUUCUAUCAGUAUCAGUUUGAGCACCCGUAUGGUGCCAGCCGGCCCCAGGGCCUCUUUGAAAGGAUACGUGGGGGGCGGCCAGGCUUCAACGAGCUGGAGGACUACGCGGACGGCUUCCGGGGCCCGGAGCUGGAGUCCGGUUUCCCCCACGAGGGCUACCCCCUGCGGCUGGACUAUGUGCCUUCCAAUUCUUCCAAGGAGGUCCGGCACGGCUCCGACCAGGUGAACCCAGGGGGGAACGGUCUCCUCGGGCUGGCUUCCCUCAGGAGGCAAAACAUGGGGCAGAAGUUCAUGUGCCAGACGUCCCCAACGCAGAAGCAGAGCCUGGAGCAGAGGCUGUUCUUGCACGACCAGGGCCCCGACGCAGAGCAGGACAAGAAAGGGCAGGAGAACCGGCUGGGCCUGCGCAACUAUAGGAUCUCCUCGUACCUGAGCGGGUACCAGUCGGAUCCCGGAGAGGAAGGCCUUCCCGUGCCGAUGGAUUCGGAGGCCUACAAUGAGGUGCUUGGCCCUGCCGAGCCGCUCGCCAGGUACCCGAGCGACCUCUUCGCCCCUUUCAAAGCCCAGCUCCCCUUCGCAAGCGCCAAAGACUCGGCUGGAGCUGAGAGGCUGGCUGAGGAGGCCUCGAUGGUGAAGCCGGAUCCCUUCAGGAGCAGGAUAAACCCCUUGAUCCAGAGGAGUUCCCGGCUGAGGUCUUCCCUUAUUUUUAGUGCUGCCAAACUCGACCAACAAAAUGCAUCCGCUGAGAAAGUCCAGAUGGUGCAAAAGGAGCAGAUGUCCAGUGAGACGACCAAAGACGGCGAAACGGCAAUAAAGACCACCACUGCCUCCAAAGUAGCCGAGCUGCUGGAGAAGUACAAGGCUGUGGGCAAAGACCCCGAGAGCACGACCGUCAGCCACACCAAGGCCGUGUCUGCUUUCCUCCAGGAAGAAUCCCAGAACGCCGAGAAGAAAUGCACCAAGUCGGUGCAGUACAAGAUCCUGGAGAGCCGGGUGCUGGACACCAAAGACUCCUUCGGCAACUACAAACUGCACCCCGAGUCAGAGGGGCUGUAUGGAGGGGGGCCUACCGCAGCCGGCCAGCCAGCUGACGCACUUAGCAGGGACCCCAUAACACAGGUUAGCAGUCGGAUGGACAAGUUAUCUUCUCGGUUCUAUCCAGUAGACAACAAGCCCAGUCCUCCGGAGCAGGAGAGCCUCAUAUUCGUUGGGGAAACUCAGAAACUCACUGUACCGGAAAGGGAGAAACUGUCCUACAAAGGAGAUGCGCACGGUCCAUCCGACGCAGAAUUCAAGAAACCAGUGCAGGUGCCGACCGGCACCACGUCCGCCCUGGAAGGGCCCUCCAGGAACCUUGGCUCCAACGGCGCUCUCCAUAAGCCAGAGGAAGACGACAGCAAGCAGGAGCAGAGUCCGAGGGAGUUCUUUAGGAAGGGAUCCCUCAAGCUAAAGCAGCUGCUGAACCCCAAAGGCGAGAAGAAACCUGAACAAGAAUCCAUCACCGAGAGCUGGAAGGCAGACAGGCAGAACCUGGGCAGCUUCAAGCGGUUGUCCAAGGACGACUUCCAGGAUAUGCUAGAGGAGGAGAAAUCCCCGCGGCUGACUUCCCCAGCACCGGUCCUCAAGGGGAGCCAAACCGCCCAGCCUCGGUUCUCCUCGCCCACGGCCAACGUCCUCUACAGCAGCAACCUCCGUGACGACACCAAGGUCAUCCUGGAACAAAUUUCUGCGAAUAGUCAGAAGAACCGAGCCGAGCUGGCCAGGCAGCUGCCAGCUGCCAGCAACCCCGAGCUGUCCAGGUCCGCCAGUAGCCUGGACCACAAGGGGGAGGAGAGGAGCACGGGGAUCAGCCGGUCAGAGAGCUUUAGCAGUCACCCGAAGCGCAACGCCCAGAGGGACCCUUCCGAGGACAGGGACUCCCUCCUGAAAAGGAUGGAGAGCAUGCGGAAGGAGAAGCGUGUCUACAGCCGCUUCGAGGUCUUCUGCAAGAAGGACGAGCAAGGGCCAGAGGAGGGCGAGGCGGACGCCAAGGACAAGAAGGUGGGCAAGUUCAUGCCCAAGCUCCUGGGCACCUUCAAGAGCAAGAAGUGACGGUGAUGUUGUGGCCGCCCACAUCCACCGCUCUGGUCCCGAACUGCUCUGCCCGAGACGAACACUUGCCGGAGGCCCGGGUGGGAGGACAGCUGCAUUUGCCCAGCCAUCCCAGCUGCCGAGUGGGCAAGACAGGGCAGGGCCAGAGCUGGCUGGCCGGCUGGCUCCCUGGAGCGAGACCAAGAGGCCAUCAGGGGUCAAACUAAGAGGCCCUGGGUCAAACUAAGGGUCAGCUUGCUUGGGGAGGCGCACGGAGUCCCUUAACUAUCGUCCAUCAAAGCCACCAAGAACCCUCCCUCUCUCCUUCCCUCCCUCCCCUGCAGCUACAAGUGAGACCGGACUCAGCCUGCCUGAUGGGAGCCUGUGGGCAUUGCAGAGCUGUUUUGAGGCUCAGCGCCAGGCUUGCCGGCCCAGGAUGGCGGCUCUGAUUUCACGGCUGCCUCAGGAAGAGCAGCGCUGGCCGCUCUGUGGCUGAAGGGUCGCUCAGCCCUUGGCCACCAGGCAGCGGCCAAGCACUGGCUCACCGCCUCAGCCACAUCUUUUCCACGCGGACGGGUCAUGCAGCCGCGAGGCCGGA